ACAUACCUACCUACCUACUGCCUACAAUUCUACAUACAUUUAAAUUAAAUACACAUACGAUGUUAGAUAAGUGCAGCAAAUCAAGCUUGUUACAAUGAGAGUAGGCGCAGUUAAACCAGCCAAAACGUCUCCAAAUAACGAUGAAGAGCAGAAUCGACCACAAAAUGACAAAAAAAUAGAAACAUGUGUCGAUCAAACGCCCCCAUUAUGGUUUUCGAAACGGUUUCUAGUUUCUGUAGUGAUAUUUUUCGCUUAUAUCAAUAUCGGAAUAAUAUUAACGAAUAUCAAUAUCGCCGUCGUCGAGAUGACUUCUGCGAAACUGAUCACUAAAGGGAAUUCUACAAUUUUACGACCAGCUGAAUUCCAAUGGGAUCCAUCAUUCGUUGGUAUUGUUUCCAGCAGCAUCUCGUAUGGCGGUCUGUUCGCAUUAGGUGGUGGAUUUUUUGUGGAUAAAAUGGGAGGUGCAGGAAGCUUUGCAUUUAUAAUGAUGAUGUGUGGUGUCUUGAACAUACUCCAUCCUGUCAGCUUGUACUUGGAUAUUCGUUUAUUUUUCCUGUUUCGUUUACUGACUGGAUUCUUCGGGAAUUGUUUUUACGCCAGCGUCGCCGAAAUAUAUUCGCGAUGGUUUCCAAAAAAAGAACGACCCAUGUUGAUAGCAUUUUGCUGCGUCGGAACAAGCGUAGGAGUGACUGUUAUGAAUCCUUUGUUUGGAUUCAUAGCUGAUCGAGUUGGAUGGCAAAUGGUAUUUUACGUUACAGGCUUACUAUCUCUAGUGUCCGCUUUACUUUGCUUAAUCGUGGUGAGGAAUCGUCCUUCUCAAGAUAAAUUGAUCAGCCAAGAAGAACUCAACUAUAUACUCGAAGAAACUUACGACGUUCCUCGAAAACGAAUAUCUCAUCCUUACAAAACAAUUUUCCUAUCGCCACCAGUAUGGGCAUUAUGUUUCGUCGACUUUACUUUAUUCUGGACUAACAAUGUAGAUGCUGGAUGUUUACCCUUAUACGCCAAAGAUUUGACGGGAAGAACUACCGAUGAAAUAGGUUAUUUAUGUUCCAUUCCUUUGAUCGUUACAAUUAUCCUGUAUCCAGUUGCCGGAAUAUUGAUAAAUCGUUGGAAAAAUCACACCAGCAUCGAUGAAACUCGGAUGGAUAAAAUAAUAAUCAGCGUUACGUUCCUUUCUGCAAGCAUGUUGUACGCAGCAUGUGGAAUUUUUUCAAAUUUCACAGCAUCAAUGGUAUUGCUUGUGAUGAUUGAGUCUGUUAAAUCAUUCGUACCACCAGUUCUCGAACCUAACAUUGUUAACUUAGCUCCCAACGACUCGAGCAUCGUAGCCGGAUUGACUAAAAUUUGUACUUCCUUGAGUACGAUAUUUUCCAGAACCAUAUUCGGUUUUAUGACCAUGAAUCAUACUAUUCAAGAAUGGAAUAAUUGUUUUUUCUUCACAUCUGGUAUAUUGAUAAUCGGAGCUGCAAUAUUUGCCAAAUAUGGAUCCAGCGAAGCUCAGCCUUGGUCUGUACCUUCGAUCGACGAAGAUGAAGACGACGAACGUGAUUUUUUGAUCAAAACCAAAAAUCAAGAUCAAAAGUGAUUCUUUACAAGUGUAAAAAUUAUCUACAAAUGGUUCCUUUAUUCAAAUAUUAAAUCGUGUUUUCGUUA